CAGGAGCCCGGGCGUCUUCUCAGGGGCGGAGCCUGUCAGUAUGGGGCGGGGGCUUUGUCCCAGAGGCGGGGCCUACGCGUCACUGCACUGGUCGGGGUGUUGCAACUCAGGUGUCCCCCCCCCCCAGGGUCAGAGGAAGGCAGCAGUGCGCAGCCAAGGCACUGGAGAUAAUAUCCUCUGAGACAAAAAUUGUCUUCAAACUAUGGCUGAUGCCACCUCACUCCGUGUGAAAGAGCUCCCCAGUGCUGAAGUGCAGAAGAACCAUGUACUAACCCUGGAAGAAUGGCAGGAUAGGUGGGUGACCCGUAACAUCGGAUUUCAUCAGGAACAAGGGAAUCGGCUAUUAAAGAAGCAUUUGGAUACAUUCCUUAAAGGCCAGAGUGGAUUGAGAGUGUUUUUCCCUCUCUGUGGAAAAGCGGUUGAGAUGAAAUGGUUUGCAGACCGGGGCCACACUGUAGUUGGUGUUGAAAUCAGUGAAAUUGCGAUUCGGGAAUUUUUUACAGAACAGAAUCUUUUGUAUACAGAGAAACCACUUACCGAAAUUGCUGGUGCCAAAGUAUUUAAGAGUUCUUCAGGGAACAUCUCAGUGUAUUGCUGCAGCCUGUUUGAUCUUCCCAGAGUGAAUAUUGGCAAGUUUGACAGGAUUUGGGACAGAGGAUCGUUAGUGGCUAUCAAUCCAAGUGACCACGAUCGCUAUGCAGAUGUAAUACUGUCCCUACUGAACAAAGGAUUUCACUACCUCGUGGCCAUCCUUUCUUAUGAUCCAACUAAACAUGCAGGCCCGCCAUUUUAUGUUCCAGACACUGAACUUAAAAGGUUAUUUGGUACGAAGUGCAGCAUUCAGUUCCUUGAGGAGGCUGAUGCUUUGGAAGAACGACACAAAGCUUGGGGACUUGAUUACAUUUUUGAAAAAUUGUAUCUCCUUACAGAAAAGUAAAACACAGCUGCUGCUGGUGGGUGCGCAUGCCUUUAAUCCCAGCAUGCGGGAGGCAGGGGCAGGUGGAUCUCUGUAAAUUCCAGGCCAGCCUGGUGUAUAAACUCCAGGGCAGCCUGGCCUAUGCGGAGAAACUCUGUCUUAGAAAAAAACAAGCAAAACAAAAAUAAUCAAUCCUUGUAUGAGUUUUUGAAAAAUAAAAGAUUAUGUUAAUGCUUGAAAGUAUAAGCACUUGGAAUUUUCUUAUGCAGUGUACAGAUCUUUGCUCGUGGCUUUUUAAGUGAAGUCACACAUUAAAUACCUGUGACUUUUUUAUAGUCAGCAUGUAUUACUUCUAUAAUGAAAAAUCAAAAAUCUAAUGCCUGUAACUUUAAACAACAAAUAAAAAUAUAUAUUAUGUAUGAAAACAAAAGUCACUGAGGAAAUGUAAGAUCGUAGUAUUAUUUGGGGUAGUCUAAAUUGUUUUAUUAAAAAUUGUACUUUACUAUAAAUCCUAAUCUACUUAGGUCCUGGGAUCCCAGCUUCACAUAUUCCCCCCCUUGAAUAAUUUUAUAUAUAACAGAAUCAAGAAACAACAAAGA